AGCAAGCUUUUCCAUACAGAGCUUCCCGAACUAAAUUAUGCUUCUGUAUCUCUAAGACAAUGUGGUAGCCAGAAGGGAGUUUCCACAAUGGAGAAGAGGGAAAGUGGUAAUCAUGCCAUUGAUCAGAAUGCAGGUCAGAGCAUCAUGCCAAGAAGAAAUACAGGAAAUCUUAACUACUUGAAUGUAGAUAUGCAGGUUGCCAAUCCAUCAGAAGCAGCUGCACUUUUUGAUUUACAUCAAGCACACCAUUUUGGUGAGUUUGAACACUCUUCAGAGCUGCACUGCAAGCAGGAUCUGUUCCCUAAGUGGCACUUGCCAAUGAAGAUAGCAUCUGUGAUCUCAUUAUUAACAUUUAUUUACACUUCCAUGAGAGAUGUCAUAUAUCCUUUUAUAACCAGAAAGGAAAACGUUUUCUAUAAAAUUCCAAUCCUUGUUAUAAACAAAGUUUUACCAGUGACUUCAAUUACCCUUUUAGCAUUAGUGUAUUUACCAGGAAUAUUAGCUGCUGGUUUCCAGCUGUACUUUGGCACCAAGUAUAAAAGGUUUCCCCAGUGGCUGGAUAGAUGGAUGUCAUCAAGGAAACAAUUUGGACUUCUCAGUUUCUUCUUUGCCACACUGCAUGCCUGCUAUAGCCUGUGCUAUCCAAUGAGAAGAUCAUACAGAUACAAGCUGCUGAACUGGGCAUUCCAGCAGGUCAAACAAAAAAAAGAAAAUGCCUGGAUUGAACAUGAUGUUUGGAGAAUGGAGAUUUAUGUGUCUCUAGGAAUUCUGGGACUUGCUUUGCUGGCGCUGUUGGCAAUAACAUCAAUUCCAUCUGUCAGUCACUCUUUGACCUGGAGAGAGUUCCACUACAUUCAGAGCAAGAUGGGAUAUUUAGCCCUGCUGCUGUGCACUGUUCACGCCCUGGUGUUUGCUUGGAAUAAGUGGGUUGAUGCUAACCAAUUCAUCUGGUAUACGCCACCUUCAUUUAUGGUUGCAGUUUUUCUUCCUAUUGUAGUUCUGCUUUGUAAAUGCAUUCUGCUCCUCCCAUGUUUUAGGAAGAGGGUAAGAAAAAUCAGAAGUGGUUGGGAAGCUAAGACACAAGCCAAUCAAGCCAGCAUAACUUCCAGAUUGUAGAUCAAAUAUGGACAUUUUCCAUCUAUGUAUGGAAAUAUGCUCAAGGCCAUGAAAUUUUCAUUCGUGAGCUGUGUUUUCACAUUUGCUAUAGAUGUUUCUUUCUCACUUUUCUUUUUGACUUCAGAAUUAUGAGAUACUUGAUGCAAUUUUCGUCAUUUUCAAAGAUGGAAAAUGAAAACAUUUAUUUUACACUUUAAUCUAUUCAGUGUUUUGGUAUUUGAUGAUUUCUUUCUUCUGGCUCACUGCUUUUAAAAUCCAAGUGUUUCAUUGUCUCAAUCUCAGUUCUUUUGUAUGCAAAAGCAAUCAUAAAUCAUUUCUCCAGAUGACCAUAGAAAGCAAAGAAACGAUUACACCACAGAGCUCAGGAAUGCUUUCUGCUUCGCACAGCCAUGUGUAUACCUUCACGAAAUCUCAGAAUUAUAAUGGGACAAAAACGAGAGUAUUUAUCAUCCCGUUGCCUCUUAGCACCUGCAGCCUCUGUUUCACUAUGCUGAGUGGAGACCUUGGCAUAUGAGCCAGACAGAAACUGUGUAUUCCUGUCUUGAAUGUACACAACUGGGCAAGCAGAAUUACAGGGAUCUUUACAAGGUAAAUAUCUCCUGAGGGUAGGGCACAGUCUAAAAAAACAGUUUUUGGAUUCAGAUCUCCAUCUUAUCCAGAACCGGGUGUGUCUCUGUUUACUUGAAACCAUGAAACAUUUCCCAUUUUUUAUUCCAUGAACAUGUUCUUCUGUUUCUGAUGCUGGAAAUUUUCCACGCUUUUGACCUAAGCCUACAGCCCUUAACAUGUGUUAAACUUUAUUUGCACAAAUUAUUCCAGUGGGAUAACUCUAUCAGGUAAGUGUGUUUUUUUGUUUACUCUAGAGCCAGCACAAUUGUGUGACUGGAAGAAAAACAUUAAAAAUACACAUUUGAAUCUUGCCAUUGAUUUGGUGAGAUUCUUGUGUUAAAUGAUUUCCAAAUGCAUUUUCUUUUACAGGAAUUUUCUAGUAACUUUAAUAAGCUAAUUAAAACCUGCUUUCCUUACAUUGCAUAGGUCUGGCUGAAAGUUUUAAAUUAAUAAUUGAUUUGUUAAUAUCUGUUUUGAAAUAUGUUAAUCAGUAGUAAAUAUUUUCACCCAACAUCAGGAGCAUUUCUGCCAGUCUGCCUGCAGGAAUUGACUAGGACUUAGACUGUUGAUGCUACAUAUUGCUAGUAUCCUCUGAAUGAGAACUGUAAUUGCUAACAGCUCUGGUAUUAAAACAAACAGGAAAACAACAUAUACCUAAAAAAAUAUGUAAUACAUGGUGCUAAUGAAUCUGUUGUCCCUUUCUGGACUUUUACAUGGAGCAUAAAUAACAGACAAAUUAAAUAGCUACAGGGAUAUUACAUUUUGUAUUUUCCUGAUUGUUACCAUUCAAUUAUUGCAAAUUAAAAGAUGGCCUUUUUUAAAUUUGCAUGUAGUGUAGUACUGAGAAAGUAACUGAAGACAUAGUGGCCUGUAGAAUAUAAAUUGUAAUCUGUGGCAUUAUAUAUCAAGCCAGUAAUGCAUGGCAAAGGCCAAAACCCUACAAUGCAGGAAACUGGACUGCAAUGUUAAUCUAAGAAGUUUCUAACAGAGCAGGAAAAGUAUGGUGCUCAAUGAAUUUCCAUUUAUGUUUCCAUGAAUGAAAUAAAUCUUUUAUAAGUAAUAAGCUCUAUGCAAUUGUUACAGAAGGUAGUGCAAGAUAGCAUAACUUCAUUCAUUUCAACCAGUUAGUAUGGUUUGAAUUGAUAACACAAAUUACAGGGCCAAACUGUUUCAAGAUCAUCACAUACUAUCCAAACUGACCUUUUACGCUCAUCAUUCAGCUGUGGACAUUAAUCACACUUCAGACUUCUCUCUCUAGCACUGCCCAGAGGCAAACUCAGAAGUGUCUUCUACAACAUGAAACUUACAUACAGUCUACAAAAGCUAUUUCAAAAAUCACACUACAUCCAAACAUUCAAGCAUGCUUUUCCCUACUGAUUGUUUCAAGUAGAUUUUCUGUGUCACAUCUAGCCAUUUCUCUAGAAGCUACCAUUGAAUGCUGGUAGCCAGAACCUGAGACUUCAUAUUGGAGUCUCUUCACUGCUUUGUAAGUCUUCAAUAAACUGUGUCUUAGUAACUCACUUCCCAGUCUGCAGGCUGCUGGGGAAGUGGUUGACUCACCCUGGAGUAUUUAAAUACCUGGAGGUAUUUAAAAGACAUGUAGGUUUGGUGCUUAAUGGUGGGUUUGGCAGUGUUAGAUUUAUGGUUGGACUCAAUGUAAAUGACUCUAUGAUUUGCUUUUUAGGUAUUCAGAUGCAACAGUGAGGGAGAUUUAUAUAGGGCUAAGAAGAAAAUGCCAUUGACAGUAUUUAAUUUCUCUAUUUGUAGCAGACAUGAUUUAGUUCAAUACUGAUGAAACUAAGUUCGUAUGUACAUUUUAAUUUAUGUUUAUGUACCUGUUUAAAAAUUCAGUGUAUUAAUAGGCCUAUAUGCUAUUAUAAUACAAUAAUUGAAUGUAUGUGCACCUU